AUGGCACUGCUGGGGGCAUGGACAUCUGCAAUGCUUAAAAAUUUGACUGUUGAAAAAUUUGGCCCUUACACUUGCCAAGCAGGCAAUGGUUAUUCAAAACACUGCACAAGGAGAUCAUUCGAAAUAAGGAUCCAAGGUGCACUAAUACCCGAGAUUGUUGAAGGUCCAAAGAACCAAAGUGUCCCGAUCGGCUCGAAUGUUACUUUAAGCUGCACUGCCAAGGGUCUUCCGAAACCAACUAUCAAUUGGAUAAAGGUCAAUACUUCACAUAUUUUACAAACCAACCCUAGAGCACGAGUCAUUCAAGACGGCCGAACGAAUCGCAGCCAGCUGUUGAUUGCAGGUGUAGAGAUGGAAGAUUAUGGAAAAUACCAGUGCAUUGUAAACAACAGCUUUGGAAAAAGUCAAUCAGGAGUGGCUCUCUUAAACAUAGAUGUUCAAAAACCUGAGAUUGUUGAAGGUCCAAAGAACCAAAGGGUCUCGAUUGGUUCCAAUGCUUCAUUUAGCUGCACUGUUAAGGGUCUUCCGAGGCCAACCAUUUAUUGGAUAAAGGAUAAUGCCUCAUACCAUAUACAGUCCAACCCCAGAGCAAGUGUCAUUCAGGAACGCAACGCUAACGACAUUCCAAUUACACAAGCAAGACUACAAGAAAGCUCAACCGUUUACAUUGCGAUAGCAGUCCCUGUAUCUUGUGCAGUGAUGACUGUGUUUAUUAAUGGCGUCUUGGGGCUCUGGUGGUACAUGCGCUGUAAACGUGGUAAAAAG